UCCUGACAAACUUUCUUUCUAUAUCGCCACAUACAGAAGGCAACAGAAUUGAAAAUCUUCUAGUCAGUCUUCACAAGGUUGACAAAAUCUGCUAGCUAGAUUAUGUGUUUAAGUCAGUAUAUACACAAGAAAUUUGUAACCGAAUCCAUUCACAAUUUAGCUUGUCGGGAUCACUUGUUUCACUAUAUAUAACUCAAUUUUCUGUUCUUACACUAAUUUAUUGAACAACAGAGAAAGAAUAGUUUGAAACAAAAUAGAUAAUAUGGCAAAAGGGAAUGCCUCACUCGAGCAUACACCAACAUGGGCUAUAUCAAUUGUUUGUUUGUGUUUCAUUCUCAUUUCUCUUAUACUUGAAGCUGCUCUUCACUAUCUCACUGAAUUUCUCAGGAAAAGGAAAAGAAAAUCACUUGUUAGAGCCUUUGAAAAGACUGAAACAGAGAUGAUGACAAUGGGUUUCAUAUCAUUGCUUCUUACAAUAUCGGAAGCACCUAUAUCAGAGAUCUGUGUAAAAGAAGCUGUAGCAAACUCCUUUCAUCCAUGUAAAGAUACCGGGUCUCAUGAGUCUUCUCUUUCAUCUGCAACACGUAGUUCAUCCCUUUCUACUGACACAACAGGUGAAACCUACUGUCAGGCAAAGGGAAUGGUAUCACUAAUAUCAAGGGAAGGAGUGAUGCAGCUAAAAAUGUUCAUUUCUGUGUUAGCUGUGUUUCAUGUUAUCUACUGCUUAUUAACUAUGUUUCUUGGAAUGGCAAAGAUGAGAAAAUGGAAAGCAUGGGAGGAAGAGACUCAAUCCCUCGAUUACAAGAUUGCUAACGAUCCAAGGAGGUUUAGGCUCAUCCGCCAAACAUCUUUUGGUAGAAGACAUUUAAAAAUGUGGAGUGAUCAUCCUCUUUUGCUUUGGCCAGUAUGUUUCAUUCGACAGUUUAGUGGUUCAGCCUCGAAAGCUGAUUACUUCACACUUCGCAAUGGAUUCCUCCUGGCUAAUGUUGCCGAAGGCAGUACUUUCAACUUCCAGAAAUUUCUUGCCAGAGCUUUUGAUGAUGAUUUUGAGCUGGUGGUUGGUGUCAGAUUAUGGAUCUGGAUGCUCUGCCUACUUUUUAUAUUCUUCAGUGCACAAGAAUUUUACAACUAUUACUGGCUACCAUUUUUCCCUCUAGUGCUUGUUCUAGCUGUUGGAACCAAGCUGGAAACAAUAAUUACCAAAAUGUGCAAGGAGACUAGCAAGAAUAAUUCUGUGAUUCGAGGUACUUUCCUUGUGAAGCCUAGCGAUGAAUUUUUCUGGUUUAAUCAUCCUAAAUUGCUGCUUUAUCUCCUUCAACUUAUCCUGAUCCAGAACUCCUUUCAGUUGGCAUUCUUUACCUGGGCAUGGUAUCAAUAUGGCCUAAGAUCUUGCUUCAAUCAAGAAACUGAAGAUAUAGCCAUCAGGAUUAUAACAGGCAUGGUUGUGCAAUUCCUUUGCGGUUAUGUGACUCUCCCAAUCUACGCACUAGUCACUCAGAUGGGUUCUAACGUAAAGAGAGCAGUAUUCACUGAAAGAGUAACAAAAGGGCUCAAGAAUUGGCAUUUGAAAGCAAGGCACAAUCUUUCCAAGAAUCUACCCACAUCCGCCCCCUUAUUAGCAAUCAUGGGACCUCCUAUUCCUGAUACUAGGGAAGAUGAAGAGCAGAACAAUCAUAGGCAUAUUGCAGCCAGAGCUAGACUAAUCACUUCUACACCAGAAAUCACUACAGAGGAAGCUAGUUCCAUGGUCUUCACCAGAGGUCCUGAUGAUGAUGAUGAAAUCUCCUUUGCAAGCAGUUGGAAAAAUCUCGACAGCAGUAGAGCUUGUGGAGAAAUUAGUUCAAUCUUUGAAGAGGAAGAAGAUGAGAUCUCAGUAUAUAUUCCAAUUAAAUAGAAGCAACAAACUCAGAUUGAUACACUGCAAACUGAACAGAACUUGUUUCUUGUACAUAGGAAAUUUCACUCCGUUUGCCCACAUGCAAGUGAUGCGCUUUGACGAAAUCAGUAGGAAAUACACCAAAGCUUCUUGACCUUGGAUGAUAUAGCAAGUCAUUAACAUUUACAUUAUUUUUAUAAAAAUAUGAAGGUUAGCCAGGAAAUGUGUCAAUUAGCACACGCCUAUGGGUUGCUAAAUUGUCUUUAUGAUAAUACUAACAACUUUAAUCAA